AUGAAGAAGACGCGGAGCACGACCCUGCGGCGAGCCUGGCCUAGCUCGGAUUUCUCGGACCGGGCCUCGGACCGCAUGAGGUCCCGCAGCGAGAAGGACUACCGCCUGCACAAGCGCUUCCCCGCGGCCUUCGCGCCGCAGGCUUCGCGGGGCUACAUGACAUCAGGUGAUGUAUCACCAAUCAGUAUGUCUCCUAUCAGUCAAUCUCAGUUUAUUCCACUCGGGGAAAUCCUUUGCUUGGCCAUCUCAGCAAUGAACUCAGCAAGAAAACCUGUUACCCAAGAAGCACUGAUGGAACACCUGACCACGUGUUUCCCAGGUGUUCCAACUCCAAGCCAAGAAAUCCUACGGCACACCCUGAACACGCUGGUACGGGAGAGGAAAAUCUACCCAACUCCAGAUGGCUAUUUCAUUGUGACCCCACAGACGUAUUUCAUAACUCCUUCCCUCAUAAGAACUAACAGUAAAUGGUACCAUUUGGAUGAGAGGAUACCUGACAGGUCUCAGUGUACCUCUCCACAAGCCGGAACCCUAACGCCCUCUGCCUCAGGCUGUGUCAGGGAAAGAACCUUGCCCAGAAACCACUGCGACUCUUGCCAUUGCUGUAGAGAAGACAUGCACAGCAUGCAGGCGUCCACUCUGCAGAGGAAGCCCGCCAAGGACUGCAAAGACCCCUACUGCCCUCCUUCGCUAUGUCAGGUGCCACCCACUGAAAAGAGCAAAAGUACUGUAAAUUUUUCUUACAAGACAGAAACUCUCUCAAAGCCUAAAGAUACCGAAAAACAGUCAAAGAAAUUUGGCUUGAAGUUAUUCCGGCUAAGUUUUAAAAAGGACAAGACCAAACAGCUGGCCAAUUUUUCUGCCCAGUUUCCUCCUGAAGAGUGGCCCUUAAGAGAUGAGGACAUGCCGACGACCAUCCCGAGGGAGGUGGAAAUGGAGAUUAUCAGGCGCAUUAACCCAGACUUGACUGUGGAGAAUGUCAUGAGGCACACUGCACUAAUGAAGAAACUUGAAGAAGAAAAAGCACACAGGAGUAAAGCUGGGUCCUCUGCCCACCACAGCGGGCGAAGUAAAAAGAGUAGGACUCAUCGGAAGUCCCACGGAAAAUCUCGGUCACACAGCAAGACACGCGUGUCUAAAGGAGACCCUUCAGAUGGCUCUCGUCUGGAUAUCCCAGGAGAAAGAGAGUAUGAGUUUUGUGACCCUCUUGCCAGGGCGCCCAGGGAGGGCUGCUUCGUCAUUGAACACAAAGGAGAUAACUUUAUCAUGCACAGCAGCACAAACAUGAUUGAGUCCCAUUUUCCCAUGACGCCAGAAUGGGAUGUAUCCGGUGAACUGGCCAAAAGGAGGACUGAGAUGCCUUUUCCUGAACCUUCCAGGGGAAGCUCCCACUCUAAAGUACAUCGAAGCCACAGCCAUACCCAGGAUCGAAGGUCCAGGAAUGAGAGAUCCAGCAAAGCCAAGGAGAGGUCCAGAUCAAUGGAGAACUCCAAAGGCCCUCUGGGGACACCUGAAGACGCGGCUGAAGGCUGCAGCCAAGACAACCAAAUGCCCAGCCAAUCCUACGCUGACGACAGUACCUUAAGGCCUGCACAGACUGCCACUCAUCAAAGGGCUCACCUUCCAUCCACAAGCUAUAAAGAGGUGUGUAUUCCAGAAAUAGUCAGUGGCAGCAAGGAACCUUCCAGUGCUUGUAGCCUUUUGGAGCAAGGCAAACCACUAGAGAGUUUUCCAUCCUAUGGUGAACUCAACUCUUGUCCGACAAAGGCGGCCACAGACGACUAUUUCCAGUGCAACACCUCAAGCGAGACCGUGCUCACGGCACCAUCACCCCUGGGGAAGAAUAAGGAAGACCAUGACACACUGACCCUGGCGGAAGGGGUGAAGAAGCUGCCUCUGUCUGAUCGGCAGGCCCCCCAUUCCUCUAGGGAGCCUGUGGGGCACAAGGAGGAGUCACCAAAGGGGCCAGGUGGAGGCCCAGCAGCUUCAGGCUCAGUGGCUGAAGGGAUUGCCAAUGGGCGCCUCAUCCAGCACCACAGUGCGGAGCUCAGCAGCCUGGACAAGAGGAAAGAGAUAUUCAGCAAAGACACACUGUUCAAACCUCUUCACAGCACCCUUUCUGUAAACAGCUAUCACAAAUCCAGCCUGUCCCUCCUCAAAUCUCACCCGAAGACACCUGCUGACACACUGCCAGGCCGAUGUGAGAAACCCGAGCCGUCCCUGGGGCCCUCAGCCGCACAGGCCCUGCCGGCCUCCCAGCGCCAGCAGGAGUCAGCAGGCAACCAGGAAGCCUCUUUUGACUACUACAAUGUCUCUGAUGACGACGACUCUGAGGAUGGGGCAAACAAAAACACCGAGGAGGAGAAGAACAGAGAUGACGUGGGCACCAUGCAGUGGCUCCUGGAACGGGAGAAGGAAAGGGACUUGCAGAGGAAAUUUGAGAAAAACCUCACCCUCCUGGCCCCGAAAGAAACCGACAGCAGCAGCAGCCAGAGAGCCACUCACUCAGCACGGCUGGACAGCAUGGACAGCAGCAGCAUCACUGUGGACAGCGGGUUCAACUCCCCACGUACUCGAGAGAGCCUGGCUUCCAACACUUCCAGCAUUGUUGAAAGUAACCGACGGCAGAAUCCUGCUUUGAGUCCGGCCCAUGGUGGAGCUGGCCCAGCCUUCAACUUCCGAGCAAGUACGGACCCCCCAACAAAUGAAGCUGAGAAAUUACAGAAACCUUCCAACUGCUUGCAAGCUUCUGUUACUAGUGUGUGAUAGUCCUUCUGCCUCAGACCUUCUGUCUCGUUCGAUACAGCCAAGUUUACGUCACUGGGACUGAUGUUUACAUCUUUGGAAAGACAAGCAUCUCAACCACAGUUUUUGUGUUUACUUAAACUGUGCUGCUAAGUAGGCUAGAGCAAAAAAAAAA